AUGGAAUUGCAAAUGGUACUGUUUCGGAUGCUCGUGUUAGUGAUCAUUUGCUCAGUUAAUCCAUUCGUGCGAGCAUCGAACGUAAUAAACAAUUCAUGUCAAAAAGACUCUGGGAAUGUAAGCAUUUCAUACCCUUUUGCAAUCGGAAAUGGUUGCUACGUCGAAGAUUGGUUUGAGAUAGUCUGCAGAUCAUCGAAUAACUCUUAUGAUCUGGGAUUUCCAAAGCCCUUUUUGAAGAAGUUCAAUUACCUGGAAGUGCUGGAGAUUGACAUAGAUAAAGCCAGAGUUCGAGUCAGCUAUCCCAUAUUUUCGAGUUGUACCAAUGUCACGAACAGCACAAAGAAUCUGGUGUUAGAGAAAAGUCCUUUCGACUUCUCCGCCGGCAAGAACAGCUUCAUUGCCAUGGGUUGCAAUAACUCUGCCUCCAUGUGGUCCAUUUUUCCCGAUGACUCGGUUUCAUAUGGUGGGUGCAAAUCCCCUUGUGACAGAGCUCCAUUCACAAAAGGAAUAUUUGCAACACCACAAAUUGUUGCCAAACUACACUUUCUUCUUAUCUCAAAGCAUUCUCUACAACUAUAG